AGCUCACUCCUUGCUUUCUCCAUAAUCAUGCCGCGCGCCGAAGUCGGAACCCCCAAAUAUGUCGCCAACAAGAUGAAGUCAAAGGGCCUCCAGCGUCUGCGCUGGUACUGUCAAGUGUGCGAGAAGCAGUGUCGAGACGAGAACGGCUUCAAGUGUCACGCUCAAUCCGAAUCCCAUCUGCGGCAAAUGCUCGUCGUUGGAGAGAACGCGGGCCGCCAUAUCAACAACUACUCGAUGGAGUUCCAGUCAGAGUUUGUCAAACUACUGUCCCGACGAUUCGGGACAAAACGUGUACGGGCGAAUCAAGUCUACCAGGAGUACAUCUCGGAUAAGAGCCACACGCACAUGAACGCAACGCGCUGGGUCACAUUGUCCGAGUUCGUCAAACAUCUGGGUCGUGCCGGUAUAGCUCGGGUGGACGAGACGGAGAAGGGGUGGUUUAUUGCCUGGAUUGACAGCAGCCCCAAGGCACUUGCGAAAGCGGAAGCUUCGCUGAAGAAAGACCGGGCUACAACUUCGGAUGAGCAACGGGAGCGUAUGCUUAUUGCUGAACAAAUCGAGCGGGCCAACGCCACGAACGAGGCAUCCUCUUCGACAGUCGUGACAGAAUCGACUACACCACCAGCUGACGAAGGCCUGAAGCGCGAAGAAGGGACUGAGAAAGUCGUUCUUUCCUUCGCAGCAAAGCCCAUGACGGCGCCUGCUUCCUCUGGACCUGUUGGAUUCUCGUUCAAAUCCAAUCCCCUCAAAGCCGCGAACCCUCUCAAAGCGAAUCCAUUGAAGAAGCCGAACGUCUUCAAGGCAUCCAGCGCGGCGAUCCCUCCUGAGAGCGAGGCCUCGUCGAACGACAAGAAGAGGCCCGCUUCUGCGAUGACUGCUGCUGAGCGGGUGAUCCAAGAGGAUAAGGAACAUCAAGAGAGGAAACGGAGACGAAUGGAGGGCGGUUCAUGAUACUGAUAGCACUAUCAGUAGUGGUAGUAUGCGCGCUGUAAUAACAUCUGUAUCUUACUUGAUAGCGUCGAGGCAUUGACUAUGUUCACAUAAUAUCAUGUCAUGCAACAAGAAGGCCAUGGCUGCCCGUACA